AUGUCAUUAAGAAUCGUUGUUACAGAUUGUUAUUUUGUUGAUAACAAAGUUAUUCCACAAGGAACUGUAGAGUCAGGUGUCUUAAAGCCAGGAAUGCUUCUCCUUAUCCAAGAGUUGAACAUCAAAGGUACCAUGUUGCAAUUCGAAAUGAUGCAAGGUGGAAUGAACGAGGCUGUCGUAGGUGAUAUUACUGCAUUCAGUUUAACAAACAUCUCAGGUAAUCUCACCAGAGAUAUGGUCAAGCCAGGUUUCGUCAUCACUCAAGCUUAA